AUGGAAAGAUUGGCAAGCUGUCAGCUCAGUGGUCAGUGCUGUGAAAGUUUAUCUUCAUUUCUACAAUCAUCAAACUCACUGAGAGAGCUGGACCUGAGUAACAAUGACCUGCAGGAUUCAGGAGUGAAGCUGCUCUCUGAUGGACUGAAGAGUUCACAUUGUCAACUGGAGAUACUGAGAUUAUCUGGCUGUAUGGUGACGGAGGAAGGCUGUUGUUUUCUGACUUCCGCUCUGAGAUUAAACCCCUCACAUCUAAGAGAGCUGUAUCUGAGCUACAACAACCCAGGACAAUCGUUAGUGGAGCUGCUGUCUGAUUCAAACUACAGACUGGACACACUCAAUGUGGAUCAUGGAGGAGACAUCAGGAUCAAAACAGGACCACAGAAAUAUAUCUGUGAUCUCACACUGGAUGUAAACACAGCACACAAUAAACUCGCUCUGUCUGAGGGAAACAGAACGGUGAUGUGUGUGUGUGUGUGUGUGUGUGAAUAUAAGAGUCUGUGA